AUGGCCUCGACUGACUCGCAAGUUAUUGUUAUUGGAGCCGGUAUAACCGGACUCCUGACCUGCCAGGGCCUCAAGAAGGCCGGGAUUCCUUAUUCCUGCUUUGAGCGUGAUGUGUCCAUGAACUACCGCAGUAAUGAAUGGACGAUGGCAAUUCACUGGGCCCGUCCACUCUUGGAAGAUAUCCUGCCAAAGGAAGUCCACGACAAGUUCCCCACGAUCGCUUGCAAUCCAGUUGCAGGUAUUCAUAGCGGCCUGUAUCCCAUCAUCCACGGUGAGACCGGUGAGUUGAUCACUGGAGUUCCCUACACAGAGGGAUUGCGCGUUCCGCGAAGCCGCAUGCGCGGCUUGUGUGCUGAAGGAAUCGACGUCCAGUACGGCAAAACCCUGGUAGACAUUGCGUUCAACGAGAGCGGAAAAGGUGUGAUCGCCACCUUCGCAGAUGGUACAAUCGUCUCUGGAUCCAUGAUCCUCGGCGCUGACGGGCCACGAUCUCGAGUGCGCGAGACCGCCAUGGGAGAUGCCAAGCUUGCUGCCACGACUUCAUUCCCCAUCUUCCACACUAACAUGACGGUGUGCUACAACGAUGCCGAAAAGGCAAAGUAUGUGCGUGAGAAGUACCCGACCAGUUAUCUUGCCUUGAGCGAUAGGUCCUUCCAUGCAUUCCAGUCUAUCUCGAGCAUGCCUGAUGGUCCCGAUCACCCCGAGUCUUGGAUCUUCCACAUGGCCAUGGCUUGGAUGGGCGAGAGUGACAACACCAUGUGCUACGCCGAACGACUUGCUCUUAUCAAAGCGCGUGCAGAUGGGCUGGGAGAGCCAGCGCGCUCUGCAUUCAUGUGGAUGCCUGAGGACACUGAAGUGCACAAAGCAGAUAUCAGUUACUGGAUCAGUCAACCGUGGGACAACCGUCAGGGUCGACUGACACUUGUUGGUGAUGCGGCGCAUCCGAUGCCCCCCUAUCGCGGACAAGGGCUCAACCACUGCAUUAACGACGUGUCUAAGCUCCUGAAGGGGCUUAUUGCAGUCCACAGUGGAGAGGCUACUCUCUCCGAGACCAUCGUAGAGUACGAGGCUGAGAUGAUUCCUCGAGGAAAAGAAGAAGUUAGCUGCUCCGUUGAGAAUGGUAAAAUGUUGCAUGACUGGAACAAGGUUCAGGAGAGUCCCGUUUUCCGGCGUGGAUUCAAGCCCAUGGAUGGACAUGAUACUCGACAGGAGAUUGCACAGACGUCUUAG